UCACAAUUUUAACUGCGACUGUUCCUCUGAUAUCUGUUCGAAGAGGGGAUUCACGGUCAAGUUUGCAUAUGGAUGUUUCGCGAGAACACAAGCCUCGAUCAUUAAGCAACUGUUCGGUUCGCAUCGACAUUGUAAUAACAUUUCAAUUUACGGGAAACAGAACAAAUGUUUAAAUAACGUGGGUCAGGAUAAUUCCAAAAAAUUUCGUAAAGCGAUGGGGUUUGUUUCGGCAAACCUGCUUCUCCAGCUCCUGGGAAUAAUAAUUACGAUUGUUGGUGCGAUAUAUCUAUAUUUGAAACAUGUCGCUUACCAUUACUGGAAUGCGAAGGGCAUCCCGCAGGCUGAACCUGUCAUUCCAUUUGGGAAUCUGUGGCCCGUCCUAACAGGGAAGAAAUCCAUUGGUCAACUGAUGGGCGAACUGUACUUGGACUUCAGGAAGAACCGCAUCUUUGGAGUCUAUUCAUUCUACAAGCCCACACUGGUGGUCUGCGACCCCGAGAUAAUAAAGUUCAUGAUGACGAAAGAGUUCACGGCUUUCCAAGACCGCGGCAUGUUCCACAACGAAAAAAUCGAUCCAAUGUCGGGUCACCUGUUCCUUCUCGGUGGUCCAAAGUGGAAACGCCUGAGAGCAAAGUUCACGCCGACCUUCACAACGGGAAAAAUAAAGCAGAUGUUCCCGACAGUGAAGGAAAUCGCGGACAACCUCGACAAACGCAUGCAUAAAGAGGCCAACCAGAGCAGCGUCGUCGAAGUCAAGGAUCUCGUUGCCAGGUUUUCCACGGAUGUAAUAGCUUCGGUAGCUUUCGGGAUCGAUUGCAACAGCCUGGAAAACCCGGAUGCAGAAUUUCGCGCCUGGGGUCGGAAGUUUCUCGAGCCUCAACCAGUGAAGAAUGUGAUGAUGACGUUAUGCCCGUCGAUAAUGAUGAUGCUGCACUUCAAGACCGUUGAUGAUGGUACUUGCAACUUUAUAAUAAACACCUUCAAUGAUACCGUCAAGUACAGAACGGAAAACAAUGUGGUUCGGAAGGACUUUAUGGACCUCGUUAUCCAGCUGAUGACCAAGGGCUACGUCAAAUCUGAUGACGGCAAAGACACGGAACGGGAUCCAGCCUCUGCGAGUGAGAAGAUCACUAUGCUGGAAGGAGCGGCUCAGGCCUUCGUAUUCUGGCUUGGCGGUUUCGAGACUUCUUCUUCGACCGCGACUCACUGUCUCUACGAGAUGGCGAUGAACCCGGACAUUCAGGAGAAACUUUUUAGAGAAAUUGACAUCGUUCUAGAAAAGUUUGGAGGUUUGACUUACGACGCAAUCGCGGAAAUGCCCUAUCUUGACAAAGUGGUUUCAGAAACCCUCAGGAAAUAUCCUUCCUUCCCAAUCUUGAACAGAGAGUGCAACAGGGAAGUCGAGUUGCCAGAAACCGGAUUCGUUGUCCCAACCGGAACCCCGAUAGUAUUUCCCGUGAUGGGGAUCCAUUGGAACCCUGACAUUUACCCUGACCCGGAGAAAUUCGACCCGGAACGAUUCAGCGAGGAGAACAUCGCCAAGAGACAUCGUUAUGCUUAUCUUCCGUUUGGCGAAGGCCCCAGGAAUUGCAUCGGUAUGAGGUUCGGCCUUUUUCAAACGAAAAUCAGUCUCAUCACCCUGCUUUCCAAGUAUCGUUUCAAACCAGCACCAGAGACCAAAGUACCCCUACCUGUGGAUACAGGAAAUUUCCUACUCAUGUCAGUUGGUGGAGUGCCACUGCGAGUCGAAGAACGUAAUGUUCGUAAUACGAUGGGACUCAUUUCGGCAAACUUGUUCCUUCAGUUUCUGGGAGUAAUAAUUUCUAUUGCCGGUGCGAUAUACCUUUACUUGAAACAUGUCGCUUACCAUUACUGGAGUUCAAAAGGAAUCGCGCAGUCUGAACCUGUCGUUCCGUUUGGGACUAUCUGGCCAGUACUUAGAGCAAAACUGUCCGUGGGUCAACUGAUGCGCGACCUGUAUUUGAAAUUCAGGAAGAACCGCAUCUUCGGUGUCUACUCGUUCCACAUACCCAACCUCGUGGUCUGCGAUCCUGAGAUAAUUCGAUUCAUAAUGACGAAGGAAUUCACGGCCUUCCAGGACCGCGGCAUGUAUCACAACGAACAGCUUGACCCAAUGACAGGUAACCUGUUCCUGCUUGGUGGUCCGAAAUGGCGGCAUCUCAGGGUCAAGUUCACGCCAACCUUCACGACUGGAAAAAUAAAGUACAUGUUCACGACGGUGAAGGAUAUUGCGGACAACCUCAGCAAGCGGAUAGCCACGGAGACCAGCCAGAGCGACCUCGUUGAGGUCAAGGAUCUCAUGGCCAGAUUCUCUACUGAUGUAAUCGCCUCAGUCGCUUUCGGUAUCGAAUGCAAUAGCCUGGAGAACCCGAAAGCAGAGUUUCGCUCCUGGGGUCGUAAAUUACUCGAGCCUAAUCCACUAAAAAAUACAAUGAUGGCACUGUGUCCAUCGAUCAUGCAGUUAUUCAAGAUCAAGUUUCUCGACGAAGGCGCUUCCAAUUUCAUAAUAAACGCCUUCAAGGACACCGUCGAAUAUAGAACGGCCAAUAAUGUGGUUCGAAAGGACUUUAUGGAACUCGUUAUCCAACUGCUGACCAAGGGCUACGUCAAUCCUGACGAUGAAAAGGACGCGCGGCCGGACGCAAUGCCUUCAACCGACAAGAUCACAAUGCUGGAAGGAGCUGCACAGGCCUUCGUAUUCUGGGUUGGCGGCUUUGAGACGUCUUCGUCUACCGCGACUCACUGCCUCUACGAGAUGGCGAUGAAUCCGGACAUUCAGGAUAAACUCGCCGAGGAAAUGAACGUGGUGUUGGAAAAGUUUGGCGGUCUUUCGUACGACGCCAUCAUGGAAAUGACUUAUCUUCACAAAGUAGUUUCUGAAACUCUCAGGAAGUAUCCAUCCCUCCCAGUCCUAAACAGAGAGUGCAACCGGGAAAUUGAGUUGCCUGGGACUGGAUUCGUCGUCCCAGUUGGGACCCCGAUACUCUUUCCAGUAUUGGGGAUCCACUGGGAUCCCGAAUAUUACCCUGAGCCAGAGAAAUUCGACCCGGAACGUUUCAGCGAGGAGAACAUCGCCAAGAGACAUCGUUAUGCUUACUUACCGUUUGGCGAAGGGCCCAGGAAUUGUAUCGGCAUGAGGUUCGGUCUUCUUCAAACAAAAAUCGGCCUGAUCACCCUGCUUUCGAAGUAUCGUUUGAAGCCAGGACCCGAUACGAAAUCACCCCUGGUCAUGGACACCGGAAAUUUUUUACAAAUGCCACUUGGCGGUAUGAAGCUCAGAGUCGAGGAAAGAUGUUAGACGACUAACGAUAUUUUCCGAUAGAACAGUGAAUUAAAUAAUAAUAACAACAGAAAUAAGAUGCCAAGGAUUUAAUUCUAACGAAA